AUGUGGAACCAAACCUCCCAUGCAGAAUUUGUCAUUACAGGUUUUCCUGAACUUCCACAGCAUCAGUUAAUGUUGUUUGCCAUUUUCAUAACUAUCUACAUCUUUACUCUGCUGGAAAACAUCCUCCUCAUUGUGACAAUUUGCUUGAGCAAACAUCUGCACACACCCAUGUAUUUCUUCUUAGGGAAUCUUUCUAUUUUGGAUAUCUUCUAUGUCUCAGUGACAAUGCCCAAAUUGUUCUCCAACCUACUGUUGGGUGAGAAGACAAUCACACUGCUUGGUUGUCUCACUCAGCUGUAUUUUUUUCUAUCCUUGGCUUCUUCAGAGUGUUUUCUCCUGGCAACAAUGGCCUAUGACAGGUAUUUGGCCAUCUGCCAGCCACUACAUUACACAUCACUCAUGAAUCACAGUGUCUACACAGCCCUGACCCUGGCUUCUUGGCUAGGUGGCUUCAUUGCUUGCUUUCCCUCUGUGGUGAUGAUUUCCAAGUUGCAGUUUUGCAAGACAAAUAUCAUUAGACAUUUCUUCUGUGAUAUCUCACCUUUGUUGAGGUUGUCAUGCACUGACACCUCAUCCAUUGAAAGGCUAGAUUUUGUGGUGGCCUUAGCUGUCCUUAUGACUUCACUGUUGGUGACUGGAACAUCUUAUGGAUGCAUUCUUUGUAUGGUUGCAAGUAUCUCCUCCACCAAGGGGAAGCAUAAAGCUUUUUACACUUGUGCCUCCCACCUAGCAGUUUUCUCCAUGUUCUAUGUCACGACCAUAUUCAUGUAUGCCCGGCCCAAGGCCAUUGGAAACUUUGACCUCAACAAGCUAGUGGCCAUCCUCUAUGCAGUGGUGGCUCCAUGUCUGAAUCCAAUCAUUUACAGUCUUAGGAACAGAGAGGUGAGAGAGGCCUUACACAGAGCCUUUCAUAGCUCAGCUGCUUUCUUGCGAUGUUUGGAAGCAUCUAGAAUGAACCCAUGGUCAAACUGA